AUGUCACAAUCGCAACAACCACCGGCAACGGGCCGGGAUAAUUCGGUCCCUGCUACUCCGGACGAACAGUUUGACAGCAUGCCCACCUCGCCAUGCUCCAUUGUGGACGACGACUCGGAGGCGAGCACUCCACUAGACCCGCCAUCACCGAGUGCCCUCCCGAAACGAGUCCCGUCCCUCCGGACUGUCUCCGAUCCAUCUACGACGGCAAUGACAUCUACGUCUACAGUGACGGGGACCCUCACCAAUGCGCGUAGGCCCCCUCCGUCUGCUGGAGUUCUGCCUGCCGACCUGAUGGCAAAGGCACGCGCACUACAAAGUACACGCAUGGGGCGGCCGCAGAUGCAGGCGUUUGGCAGCGGCAGUAGCACGUCUUCUGCCUCGGGGAUUGGCUCCCCGUUACCCAUGGGCUCCGGUCUCGGGCCACAAUCGCCGCCUGUGGGCCUACCCACGGGAGGUAUGUCUGGAAACAUGCGCUUUCCGCCCAACAUCGCCGCCAACAUGCAGCUGAACUUGGGCGGGCGUCCACUCCCGCAGGGCUUCCCCAAGUCGGCUCCGGCCGUACCGAGCGCACGCAAAGCUCCCCCCAGCCUGAGCGAGAGGAGAGCCAUGAAGCUAGGCGGCCUUCCGGGUGGACCUGGCGCUACGCCUAGCAUGGGAACCCCCAAGCUGUCUGACCUGCAAGGUGGAGCAUCGGGGCCAACAGAUGGCAACAGUAACGCAGACAAGACGUCAGGAGCUGGUGGGCAAGCGGUUCCGGACAACAAGCUGCACGACUUUAAGCAGUACAUCGAUGCGGAGAAUGGCUGGAUCACGUUUGACGGCGCGGCAACGAUCACGCGCACAGGCGUCAACUUUGCAAGUGGACACAAAUUCAGCAUCUCGCUCGACGAGAUACAAGUUCUCGAUGAACUCGGCAAGGGAAACUACGGUACAGUGUACAAGGUCCGACAUGCCAAGCCCAAGGUUCCCCGGUUUGGACAGGGUCUUGGCAGCCUGACGAAACAGUCAGUAUCACGACAGAACUCGAUGAAGGACGAAGGAGAGGAUGCGAACGGCGUUGUUGAUGGCCAGACGACCUCCGGUGUUGUGAUGGCCAUGAAGGAGAUCAGGCUAGAACUGGACGAGGCCAAGUUUACGACCAUCCUCAAGGAGCUAGUUAUCCUGCACGAAUGCGUGUCGCCGUACAUCAUCGACUUCUAUGGCGCCUUUUUCCAAGAAGGAGCUGUGUAUAUGUGCAUAGAGUACAUGGACGGUGGCUCCAUCGACAAGUUGUACGCUGGCGGGAUCCCAGAGGGCGUUAUUCGCAAGAUUACGUAUGCGACGGUCAUGGGCCUCAAGUCGCUCAAGGACGAUCACAACAUCAUUCAUCGCGACGUCAAACCAACCAACAUCCUCGCAAAUACCCGCGGACAGGUCAAGAUUUGCGACUUUGGUGUAAGCGGUAAUCUGGUGGCGUCUAUCGCCAAGACCAACAUCGGAUGCCAGAGCUACAUGGCACCCGAGAGGAUAUCGGGAGGAGGUUUCGCACAAGGAGGUGCGGACGGCACAUACAACGUGCAAAGCGAUAUCUGGAGCUUAGGCUUGACCAUCAUCGAGUGCGCCAUGGGCAGGUAUCCAUACCCACCUGAGGUGUCGUCGACAAUCUUCAGCCAACUGAGCGCCAUUGUUGAGGGUGACCCGCCUGACCUACCAACCGAGGGCUAUUCUGAUACGGCGCGCAAUUUUGUGCGGUCAUGUCUAGAUAAGAACCCGGCGAAGAGGAGUACGUACCCAAUGCUCCUAGCCCACCCAUGGCUCAGGUCCCUGGCACAGCCGGCGACAAUCAGCGAGGAGGCGGAAGAUACCGAAGACCUCGAGGCGGCGGCGCAAAAGCUGUCAUUAGGCGCUGGACCCAUUGGGGCCGACGACGAGGUGGCUCAGUGGGUCAAGUCAGCCCUAGACAGGAAACGCAGAGGGGACGCACAAAGUCCCGACAAGCCAGCACUUCAUGCUGCCCCCUUUGAUAGCGCCAGUCCAAUGGCAGCACCGAAGGCUGGCCCGAUGACGGGUGCUUAA